UCUAGAUGCAGGAACUAUCGAGAAUGUAGAGGAGUAAAAUGACCAAUCUUUUCCUUCAGAUGUGGAUGAGUGUCAAGAAUCAGCAGUCUCUCCAUGCCAGCAGCAGUGUUUCAAUACUCUAGGCUCCUACCGUUGCACCUGCCAUCCAGGAUACCAGCAAGUGGGACAUCGCUGCCUGGAUAUAAAUGAGUGUUUGAGGAAUGUGUGUGCAGCACACCAACAGUGCCGAAACACAGAUGGAGGAUAUCAGUGUUUUGACAGCUGCCCAUCUGGCAUGACCACAGCGGAAAAUGGAGUGUGUGUGGACAUAGACGAAUGCCAGGAUGGCAGUCACAUGUGCCGCUACAGUCAAAUCUGCCAGAACACGAUUGGUGGGUAUGGAUGUGUUUGUCCUCGAGGCUACCGCUCUCAAGGUGUAGGUCGACCUUGCUUAGAUAUUGACGAAUGCGCGCAGGUGCCCAGCCCUUGUGCUUUUCAAUGCCGGAAUGUUCCAGGUAGCUUCCGCUGCCUUUGUCCACCACGGACGGUUCUUCUGGGUGAUGGUCGCUCAUGUGCUGGGCUUGAGAGAGGACAUAUCUUUACCAACAGUACCCGGGUACAAGCCAGGCUGCGGCCCCAGCUGGUAUCUACUUUAGAGCGACCUUACCUCACUCGCCUCUCAGUCCUACCAGAGCACCUUGGAUCUUCACGUCGUCCCAGGCAUGAAUGCCCAGUUGGAUACACUAGCAAGGAUGGUACUUGCAUAGGUGUGUAA